AUGCCAUUCCAACUCACGAUCCAGAACCGCGGCCCGAUCAAGGGCGGCAAGUUCCCCCUGGAAGUUAACCUGCCCGACGAUGCGACGCUGGCAACGCUCAAGAACGGCAUUGCCAGCCUCGUCAGGCCGCUAAACAUUUAUCGCCAGCGCAUUACCGACGAGAACAAGGCGCCGCUGGUCGGAGACGAGAAGCGUCUCGGAGACCUCGGCGUGAAGAGCGGUGCGACGCUCUAUGUCAAGGACCUGGGCCCCCAGAUCUCGUGGCGUACCGUCUUCCUGGUCGAAUACUUCGGCCCGCUGUUCAUCCACCCCCUGAUCUACUAUGCCGCGCCUAGCAUCUGGGCGUACUUUGGCCGGCCUUUCCAAGUAUCCGACAUCCAGAGCAUCACGCUCGGCCUGGUUCUCCUGCACUUUAUCAAGCGCGAGCUCGAGACGGUGUUUGUGCACCGCUUCUCGAACGCGACGAUGCCCGCCUUUAACAUUAUCAAAAACUCGACGCACUACUGGUUGCUCUCGGGUGUCCUGCUCGCCGUCGGCGUCUACUCGCCGUACCACGGCGAAAAGGCCGUGCGCGGCACCGUGCGUGACGACCCCUACUUUAUCGCCGGAUGCGUCGCCGUGUGGCUCCUUGCCGAGCUCUUUAACCUGCAGUCGCACCUGAUCCUCCGCUCGCUGCGCCCGGCCGGCACGCGCGUGCGCAAGAUCCCGUACGGCGGCGGCUUCCGCUGGGUCAGCUGCCCGAACUACUUCUUCGAGAUGGUCGCCUGGUCCGCUGUCACGGUGCUCACCAUGUCGUUCGCCACGCUCCUCUUUACUGUCGUCUCGACCGUGCAAAUGACCCUCUGGGCCAUCAAGAAGCACAAGGCGUACCGCCGCGAGUUCAAGGACACCUACCCCAAGGACCGCCGCAUCAUGUACCCCUUCGUCUUUUAA